UGUGCGCUAGACAGGGCAGAGUAACCCUAUAGACAACAUUACCAACAAGGCAUCAUGCAGUCUGUGCUGGUUUCCCUAAAUACAGAAAGAGUCCGACCUGGAGGACCUGACUGGACAAUUGAGGUCUGAGGAGAUACCAGAACAAAACGACACCUCAGCAGACACGUCUUCUCAAGUCGAUUCAUUCCAACGUGGAAGAAGUACUUUUAUAGUCGCUUGACAGAGAUUGGAUUGUUGUGCAAUGUCAUUGGCCUUAUGACUGUUAUUUAAGACUGUUCUCCUCCUAACUCCCUCUCCUCUUUUAGGAUAUUUUUUGUUUGUCACUGCGUUGACGAUCUCACCUCUUCUCUGGUAUCUCUGGGCAUAUACUGUGGGAUGUACUUUGGAUAUACUGACCUUUGAACCAAAGCAAAUUCAAUGAUUUCCUUCUGUUCAGGAUAAUAACCCCUAAUCAUCAGCACUUUUACAAUGAAUUUCUUCAGAUUCCCAGUCCAGUUGCAGCUGCUGAUCAGUACUAUGCUUGCGCCCUGCUUGGGCCUGGAGUUUACAGGGUUGCAAGGCCAAUGGGCACGCUAUCUCCGCUGGGACGCCAGUGCCAGAAGUGACCUCAGCUUCCAGUUCAAAACAGACGUGUCCACUGCCUUAAUUCUGUACUUUGACGAUGGUGGCUUCUGCGACUUUCUGCAACUCAUGGUGGUCGAAGGGAAGCUCCAGUUGCAGUUCAGCAUUGAUUGCGCAGAGACCACAGUUGUAUCGGACAAGCAAGUCAAUGAUAGCAGCUGGCAUUCUGCCACCCUGAGCAGGUACAACCUGAGAACUGUGAUGGUUCUGGAUGGAGUGAGCAAAUCGGGUGAGGUGCGGCCACAGAGGCAGUACAUGAAGAUCGAUAGUGACCUCUUCCUGGGCGGAGUCCCUCAAGAUAUUCGUAUUUCUGUGCUCACUCUCCCAACGGUGAAGGAUCUUCCGGCAUUUAAGGGAAUUAUCAGGGAAAUGAAGUACAAUAACAAGGAACCUAUCCUACUAAGCAGUCAGAGGGUUCGUAUGGACAUAGAGGGGAUCUGCAUGGAGAACCUAUGCGAGAACGGAGGAACGUGCUCCGUUGUGGAUGGGGAACAACUUUGUGAUUGUUCUAAGACGGAAUAUGUGGGCCGAUUCUGCAAUGAAGAGGCCAACAGCAUCCCAGGAUUUGCACACAUGAUGGCAGAUCAAGCCAAGGGCAAAGCACGAGAAGAGAACGUAGCCACUUUCCGUGGUUCUGAGUACUUCUGCUACGACUUGUCUCAGAAUCCCAUCCAGAGCAGCAGUGAUGAGAUCACAUUGUCCUUCAAGACCUGGCAAAGAAAUGGCCUUAUCCUUCACACCGGCAAGUCAGCAGACUAUGUCAACCUGGCCCUGAAAGAUGGGGCCGUUUCAUUGGUCAUCAAUUUGGGUUCCGGAGCUUUCGAGGCCAUUGUCGAGCCUGUCAACGGCAAAUUCAACGACAACAACUGGCAUGACGUGAAGGUCACACGCAACCUCAGACAGGUGACAAUAUCUGUGGAUGGCAUCUUGACCACAACAGGCUAUACACAGGAGGAUUACACAAUGCUGGGAUCAGAUGAUUUCUUCUACGUCGGAGGAAGUCCAAGCACAGCAGACUUACCUGGGUCGCCUGUCAGCAACAACUUCAUGGGUUGCCUGAAAGAGGUUGUUUACAAAAACAAUGACAUCCGGCUGGAACUCUCCCGGCUCGCCCGCAUUGUGGAUCCCAAAAUGAAGAUUCAGGGAGAUGUGGUGUUCAAGUGCGAGAAUGUGGCCACUCUGGACCCCAUCUCAUUCGAGACGCCCGAGGCCUACAUCAGCCUACCCAAGUGGAACACCAAACGCAUGGGCUCCAUCUCCUUCGACUUCCGUACCACAGAACCAAAUGGCCUUAUUCUCUUCACCCACGGGAAGCCGCAGGAAAGAAAGGAUGCCCGUAGCCAAAAGAACACAAAAGUGGAUUUUUUUGCAGUUGAGCUUCUGGAUGGAAGCUUGUACCUGCUGCUGGACAUGGGCUCUGGGACUAUCAAAGUGAAAGCCACACAGAACAAGGUGAACGACGGGGCCUGGUAUCAUGUGGACAUCCAACGAGAUGGGAGAUCAGGCACCAUAUCUGUUAACAGCCGUCGCACUCCGUUCACCGCCAGCGGCGAAAAUGAGAUCCUGGACCUGGAGGGGGACAUGUACCUGGGCGGCCUCCCCGAUAACAGGGGCGGCCUGAUCCUUCCCACCGAAUUAUGGACUGCUAUGCUAAACUACGGCUAUGUGGGAUGCAUUCGGGACUUGUUCAUUGACGGUCGCAGUAAGGACAUCAGGCAAAUCGCUGAGGCCCAGAACGGUGCAGGCAUCAAACCUUCCUGCAACAAGAUGCCAGGCAAACAGUGCGACAGCUAUCCGUGCAAGAACAAAGGCGUGUGCAAAGAAGGAUGGAAUCGCUUUAUCUGCGACUGCACAGGCACCGGUUACUGGUCCCGCACGUGUGAGAGGGAGGCAUCCAUCUUGAGCUAUGAUGGGAGCAUGUAUAUGAAAGUGGUGAUGCCUAGCGUUAUGCACACUGAAGCGGAGGACGUGUCCCUUCGCUUCAAGUCUCAGCGGGCAUACGGUCUGCUCAUGGCCACCACCUCACGUGACUCCGCCGAUACUCUUCGGCUAGAGCUGGACGGCAGUCGCGUCAAACUCACGGUCAACUUAGACUGUAUCAGGAUAAACUGUAACUCCAGCAAAGGACCAGAGACACUGUAUGCUGGACAAAAACUCAAUGAUAAUGAAUGGCAUACUGUGCGUGUGAUCCGGAGAGGCAAAAGCUACAAGCUAACGGUUGACGAUGACGUAGCAGAAGGUCAGAUGGUGGGCGAUCACACCCGGUUAGAGUUUCACAACAUUGAGACGGGUGUGAUGACCGAGCGCCGUUUCGUCUCCAUGAUCCCCUCCAGUUUCAUCGGUCACCUGCAGAGCCUCAAGUUCAAUGGCAUGCUCUACAUCGACCUGUGCAAGAACGGCGAUAUCGACUACUGCGAGCUCAACGCUCGCUUCGGCAUGCGCUCCAUCAUCGCAGACCCCGUGACGUUCAAGUCAAAGAGCAGUUACCUGAGUCUAGCAACCUUGCAGGCUUACACAUCCAUGCACCUUUUCUUCCAGUUCAAGACAACCUCUCCAGAUGGAUUCAUCCUCUUCAACAGUGGGGAUGGAAGCGAUUUCAUCGCUGUAGAGCUGGUGAAAGGGUACAUACAUUAUGUGUUUGAUCUUGGCAAUGGGCCCAAUGUAAUCAAGGGCAACAGUGAUCGAGCUCUGCAUGACAACCAGUGGCAUAACGUUGUCAUCACUAGAGACAACAGUAACGUCCACACACUCAAAGUCGAUGCCAAGGCAGUGAGUCAAGUCGUCAACGGCGCUAAAAAUCUGGACCUUAAAGGUGACCUCUACAUCGCCGGAUUGGGGACCAACAUGUAUAACAGCCUGCCCAAACUUGUGGCCUCUAGGGAAGGUUUUAAGGGUUGCCUGGCAUCUGUGGACCUGAACGGACGCCUUCCCGACCUCAUCAACGAUGCCUUGUUCCGCAGCGGUCAGAUUGAGCGAGGAUGUGAAGCAUCCAAAAGUGAACUUGGUUUCACCAAAGCAGAUCUACAAGGUCCUAGCACGACAUGCCAAGAAGACUCCUGUGCUAACAUGGGAAUUUGCAUCCAGCAGUGGGAGAACUACACCUGCGACUGUUCAAUGACCUCCUACACGGGGAUACAGUGUAAUGACCGUAAGUCACCCUCCGUCCCAUGCAAGUUCCACAUCCUCUCUCUUUCUUGUGUUUAGUUCACUCUUCGGGUUCACUCGUUUACACAAUUUUAAUGAUCACAAGGACUCUCUCUAUGAAAGAUUAAUUGAGCAAGCUGUAAUAUACAUAGCAAAUGUUACACAAACACCAACAGUAUUUGGUUGCUGAGAAGCUACAAUAAGUGUAGUGUACAUAAGUGUACACACACACACACACACAC